CAGGCUAAUAUCUAUACUAGCUGAAAAAUUAAAUGAUCCCCACUAUCUAAAUUGUCCUUGAUGGAUCUCUUCCUAUAAGUUCUAAGGGGAGAAUAGGAUUAUCCAAAUCGAUUAUUCCUCAUCAAAUGUUGACGACUGAGUCUCAUUUGGAACAAAAGCAUUUCCAACCUAUUCAAACAAGUUUGGGUAGUCUUAAGGUAUCGGUAGCAUAUCGUAAUCAUUACGAAUUCGAUCUUAUUGACAAUGAAGAAGUCUUAUCAUCUGCCUUUCUUACUAUGGACUCUGGCCAUGGACCCAGAGCCAAGUUUGAUAUAGAUCAUAUUGAUCAUAUUGAUCACAACACAGGAGAACAAGAACAACAAGAAGAUGAAGAUCGAGAACCAGAAGAACAAGAAGAACAAGAAGAAACUAAAAUCAAUAAACGACUCUCCAUCUCCAGUGCAGUAUCCAUGUCUGUAUCUCCAUGUUCCAGUGCAAAUCGAGAGAUGUUACGAGAGAACUCUCCCGGUACGAAGAAACAACAACGACCAUCUAUUCAACCAUUUAAAGUAGGCUCUAUUGGAAAUUCUCCACCCCCUAUUGGUAGUGGAGGUUCCUCCUUAGAAAGGAAAGUAUCUAUUACUAGUAAUAAGUCUACGUCCAAUGCAUCAUUGGCUGCUACUUUAAGAAAUCCAAGAAGUAGUACUUCCUUAAGUCAUACAGCCACUAUCCCUAUCAGUACUGCUACUAAUUCUAAUGCAGCAGGAAUAGGUGGCGUAACUGUAGGCUCAAUUCCUCGAUCCAUCUCGUCAUCUCAUGGUUCAACUUUACCUCAUGAUGAUACAGGAUUUACGGAUAUAAAUUCCAAUUCCAAUUCCAACACUCCACGAUUCUCAUCAUCCUUUGGAUCUAGAGCCAGUAGAAGGUUUUCUAAUACAAGUAUUAAACAAAGUACCCCUAUGGCCAAUAGUAAUACUGGUGGUGGUGGAGGUGGUGGAACCAGUACUACUAUAUCUCAUGAUAUAUUAGGGACUAGUGCUGGACUGACCAAUUCAACAGGAGGAGCUCCAUUAAGUGGACUUUAUAUGGAUGAUGAUAUUAAUGAUUUUGUAAGAAUGAUUGAUAGUACUACAGAUCUUCGAUUCUCUUCUUCGUCUUAUAAUGCAACUAAUAGUGGAGUAGGGGUAGGAAUUCUUGGAGCUAUUGGUAGUGGGAGUGGACAAUCAGCAAAUGCAAGUGAUACUUUAAGUAGAUUCCAAUCACUUAGAAGUCAACAUCAGCAAUUAGGAGAGAGUGUUCAUGCUAGUUUGAAUUUACAUUCUGCUACUGCUAGUGGAAUUGGAAUUGGGAUGGGUGGUGGAGUUAGUGGAUCACGAGGUUCAAGUCGUAAGAGUUCACAUUCUAUGGCUUCUCCACCAGCAUCAAUUCCUUCCAUUAGUUCUCGAUUAAAGGAAAGAUCUCCUUCAACAGGAACUCCAAGUGGAACUGGUACAGGAUCUGGUGCUGGAACUGGAACAGGAACAGGAGCAGAGACUUCGUAUUCUGGAUCUCCUAUGCUUGUUCCACCUCCAGCACCAAUAGCCAAUGAGAUUAGAAGAUCCUUAUCGCCAGAGAAGAGAUCUGAUAGUGGUAAUAGUACAUUUUUGAAGUCUUCAUCAUCAGCUACACCGGUUGUUUCAAGAGCUACAGUUCAUGCCAAUACUAAUUUACAUCAAGAGACUGACAGUGUUAGAGGUAUGGCCACAACUCCAUCGGUUUACAAAAAGAGUAUUCGGUAUGAGAAUGUGUUUGAUGAAGAUGAUGACGAUGAAGAUAACAGUGAAUCCGAUAAUACUAAGACUGAGGAAGUAUCUAAACAAGAACAUGAACAACAUGAACAAGAUCAACAAAAGGCCCAUUCCACCAUACAGAAACAGCAUGAGGCAGAUGAUCAUCAUUUGCAUCAUCAUUUACAUCAACACCACCAUCAUCACCAUCACAACUCUCAACCUGAUGAUUUCGAAGAUGAUGACUUGCUCUUUACAAUGAGUGAUAUGAAUUUAACUAAGAAUUAAUUAACCAAGUAAAGCAAGAAUACACGUGACUUGCAGAUACAGAUAGAUCAAAUUAUUGAUUGCCAUGUUAUUGUUAAUAAUUUUAUAAGUCUAUUGUUCUGGUUAUUGUCGAAUUUUUUUCAUUUUAUCGAUGUCUAUUAUGGUUUUUUAGUUUCUAUAUAUAAGUCGGCUCGCUUUGUAGUGAUUUUGAUUUUGUGGUGCAUGUGUCAAAUUAUACCUAAUUGGGAAGGAGUAAUACAUUAGUCAGAUACCCGCUAAAAUGGUCUGUAUCUUAUUGGAUAAUGCAGACCAGUAGAUGGUAUGAUUAAGGUAAUGAACAGAGUUGUAUUGGGAGAUAUUGUAAGCUCCAAUAUAUACUAUAUACUAAGCUUCUAAUAUAGUGUGCUUAUAGCGUAAGUGUUCGUAUAUACCUAUUGGCUCAUAACCACGAGAAAAAUC